UGUGCAGCCAAAGCGAGGCAAAGCGUACGAAACUCUGUAAAACAGGAAGGAGGAGAAGAAGAAGGUGCGAAGCAUCGCGGAAGCCUACGCGGUAUUCCCCACCUCGGGAACUUUUACAGACGUCAGACAGCGAAAGAGAGGGAGAGAGAGAGAGGGAGCGUGCGACCGUGAUCCCUCGGCGCGACCCGGUGUCAUCUCUCCUGCGACGACAGCAUGCCCCCCUCGCCCGCCCCGUACGUCCGGCAGAGGGAUGAGGAAAGCGGCGGCGGCGGCGGCAGCGGCCGUCGAGCCUCCGGCGAUGGCGACGGCUCGUCCGGCGAUUGGUUCGACAUCCCUGCCAAGAACGCGUCGGUGGAGCGCCUCAGGCGGUGGAGGCAAGCAGUACUAGUGCUGAAUGCUUCUCGUCGGUUUAGAUAUACAUUGGAUUUGAAGAAGGAGGAAGAAAAGGAACGGAUAAGGAGUAAGAUCCGUGCACAUGCUCAAGUCAUACGGGCAGCAUUUCUCUUUAAAGCAGCAGGGGAGAUGGCGAGAUCAGGCACUCCUGCUUUACCAAAACUUCCUUCUGGUGGUUUUGGAAUUGGAGAGGAGCAGCUUACUAAAAUGACUAGAGAUCAUGAUUUCUCAUCUCUACAAGAAUAUGGUGGGGUUAAAGGUCUCUCCGAUUUACUAAAUACCAAUAUAGAUAGAGGAAUAAGUGGCGAUGAUGCAGAAAUUUUGCACAGGAGGAACAUUUUUGGGUCAAACACUUAUCCUCGAAAGAAAGGAAGGAGUUUUUGGGUUUUCCUUUGGGAAGCUUGCCAAGAUUUAACUCUUGUCAUUCUUAUCGUAGCCGCAGUUUUAUCGUUGGUGCUGGGCAUAAAGACAGAGGGCAUUAAAGAAGGUUGGUAUGACGGUGGAAGUAUUGCAUUUGCUGUUAUUCUGGUUAUUGUGGUCACAGCGGUCAGUGAUUAUAGACAGUCACUACAAUUCCAGAAUCUGAAUGAGGAGAAGCGAAACAUACGAUUGGAGGUAAUUAGGAGUGGUAGAAGAAUUAAAGUCUCCAUUUUUGAUCUUGUGGUUGGUGAUGUCGUUCCUCUUAAGAUUGGCGAUCAGGUUCCUGCUGAUGGGGUUGUAAUAACUGGUCAUUCUCUUGCUAUUGAUGAGUCAAGUAUGACAGGGGAGAGCAAAAUUGUCCACAAAGAUCAAAAAGCUCCAUUCUUAAUGUCCGGAUGCAAGGUUGCUGAUGGUUAUGGUGAUAUGUUGGUAACUGCAGUUGGGAUAAAUACUGAAUGGGGCUUGUUAAUGGCCAGUAUAUCAGAGGAUACUGGUGAAGAAACUCCACUGCAGGUGCGGUUGAAUGGCGUUGCUACUCUCAUUGGCAUGGUGGGGCUAACUGUAGCUGCUGCUGUUCUCGUAGUCCUUUUGGCGAGAUACUUUACUGGGCAUACAACGAAUCCUGAUGGUUCAGUUCAAUUUAUAAAGGGACAAACGGGUACAAAGACUGCUAUAAAUGGAGCCAUUAAGAUCUUGACAGUUGCAGUGACAAUCGUGGUUGUUGCGGUACCUGAGGGACUUCCUUUGGCUGUUACAUUGACCCUGGCUUACUCAAUGCGUAAGAUGAUGGCGGACAAGGCUCUGGUACGUAGGCUUUCAGCGUGUGAAACUAUGGGUUCAGCUACAACCAUUUGUAGUGACAAGACUGGAACCUUGACUUUGAAUCAGAUGACUGUUGUGGAGGCUUAUGUUGGUGGAAGGAAGAUAGAUCCUCCAGACAAUCCUGAGCUGUUAUCUCCUACUGCAUCCACUCUUCUAAUUGAGGGAAUCGCUCAGAACACAACUGGCAGUGUUUUUGUGCUAGAGACUGGUGUUGUUGAUGUCACUGGCUCACCAACCGAAAAGGCCAUCCUCUCUUGGGGUGUUAAGCUGGGAAUGAUAUUUGAUGAUGCAAGAUCAAAAUCUUCAAUUGUUCAUGUAUUUCCUUUCAACUCUGACAAAAAACGUGGUGGUGUAGCAGUGUAUCAGGGAGGUGAUGACAUUCAUGUGCACUGGAAAGGUGCUGCUGAGAUUGUCCUGGCCUCAUGUACUAGUUGGCUUGAUGCAGAUGGCUUCAAGCAGCCGUUGACAUCAGACAAGCUUAGUGAAUUCAAGAAAACAAUUGAAGACAUGGCAGCAGCUAGCCUUCGUUGCAUUGCUUUUGCAUACAGGUUAUAUGAAUUGGAGAGGGUCCCAAACGAGGAACAGAGAGAUAGCUGGCAGUUGCCUGAGGAUGACCUGAUUCUGCUUGCUAUUGUAGGGAUUAAGGAUCCUUGUCGACCUGGUGUCAAAGCGGCUGUAGACUUGUGUACCCGUGCUGGUAUCAAGGUCCGCAUGGUUACUGGAGAUAAUCUUCGGACUGCUAAAGCUAUAGCCUUGGAGUGUGGGAUACUUGGGGAUGCCAAUGCACAAGAGCCAGUUAUUAUAGAGGGAAAAACAUUUCGGACCAAGACUGAUGCAGAAAGAGAUGCGAUUGCUGAAAAAAUAACUGUGAUGGGGAGGUCUUCUCCGAGUGACAAACUGCUGCUUGUUCAAGCAUUGAGGAAAAGAGGUCAUGUUGUUGCUGUAACAGGGGAUGGCACUAACGAUGCUCCUGCAUUGCAUGAGGCAGAUAUUGGUCUUUCUAUGGGCAUUCAGGGAACCGAAGUAGCUAAAGAAAGCUCAGACAUCAUUAUCCUUGACGACAACUUUGCAUCGGUUGUAAAGGUUGUCCGUUGGGGUCGUUCUGUGUAUGCAAAUAUCCAAAAAUUUAUCCAGUUCCAGCUGACUGUCAACGUUGCAGCACUUAUUAUUAAUGUUGUUGCUGCUGUCUCCUCUGGCAACGUUCCUUUAAAUGCUGUCCAGCUUCUGUGGGUCAACCUCAUCAUGGACACACUUGGAGCACUGGCAUUGGCAACUGAACCACCAACUGACCACCUUAUGGAUAGAACCCCCGUGGGGCGGAGGGAACCACUUAUUACAAAUAUCAUGUGGAGAAAUCUCAUAUUUCAGGCUUUAUAUCAAGUUACAGUUCUCCUUGUGCUCAACUUUGGUGGUAGGAGUAUUCUGCAUUUGAAGAAUGAUACAAGAGCACAUGCAGAUAAAGCGAAGAACACAUUUAUAUUUAAUACCUUUGUACUAUGUCAGAUAUUCAAUGAGUUCAAUGCCCGAAAACCGGAUGAACGGAAUGUAUUCCGUGGAGUCACUACUAAUCGUCUCUUCAUGGUGAUAGUAGGCAUAACUGUUUUGCUUCAGGUUUUGAUUAUCGAGUUCCUUGGAAAGUUUACUUCAACUGUAAGGCUUAAUUGGAAGUUGUGGGUGGUUUCAAUUGCAAUUGCUUUUAUAAGUUGGCCUUUGGCUUUUGUUGGAAAGCUUCUCCCAGUACCCAAGAUGCCUUUCGAGGAGUAUUUUGGUCGAUGUUUCAACUGCUGUGGGAAGAGAGAUGACCAGCAGCAGCAGCACCACCAGCAGGCAGGCUCGGGUGCUCUGCCACAAGUGAAUGGAUCUUGAAUACCGCAGGAUACUCGCUGGCGUCACUGCUCUUUCUAUCAUCAAAAUUACCAGUCUCGCUAUAUACAUAAGGAGAUGUGUUGAUUAUUUUAUAGGAUGAAUCACAUAUGCUUUAGCUCAGCCAAGAAGACUUGAUUCACUCUGAUGCCCGUAAUGGGGGGAUAGUUUUGAUGAAUCUGACCGCUGUGAUCCAGAAACAACAGUGUUAAUGGCAGUCUCGAGAUUGGCCUUCCAUCCAAGUUUCAAGAUGCCAGUUAUUAUUUUUUUCUUUUGCACAGUACUAACGCAAUCUUCUUAGAGAUUUUAGAACUUUUCUUACCCGUUUCAUACUUGAGUUUAAUGGACAUGGCUCGAGUUACUCGAUGUAAAAAGAAAAGAUCAAUACGUUCAGUGGUGAAAUCUCAUGCUUCUGAUUAAUCUUAUACAA